AAAAAACGAACGGAGCAUUUUACAUUUGUCACUUGAAAUGAACAACUUCCAAAAGAAAGUGAGCAACGUUUACGAACCAUAUUUUGUUUGAUCCGCUUCCUGGAACCAUCCCGUUUUAUCAGAUCCCGACUAGGCAGCAGUGUUUCUUGAACGCGAUGUAAGCGGAAUGCCUUCCACAUCUAGACCACGCGGAAUGUCUGGCACUGGAUCGGGCGGAUCUGGACGGCCAGCUGUUACGGCACCAAUGUCCGAACGGCAGCAGAUGGCACUGCUAAUGCAGAUGACUUCAUCGUCUGGAGGAAACGAAGGAGAAAUGAGUCCUGGAUCCGCAGGUUCAGCAACAGGAGGAGCAGCUCAUGCUCGUCGAGAUCGAAUCAAUGAACGUGGCGAAACGGCAUUACAUUUAUCGGCAAAAAAAGGCGAUCAGGAGACAGUUAAAAAAUUGCUGGAACAAGGAUCCAAUCCAAAUGUGACAGAUUUUGCGGGUUGGACUCCACUCCAUGAAGCAUGCAACCACGGCCACUAUAACGUAGCUCUAGCGCUCGUCAAAGCUGGUGCCAACAUCAAUGCCACUGGGCUGGAAAACGAUACACCGUUGCACGAUGCUGCGAUAGUGGGCCAACUGAAACUAUGUAAAAUGCUCGUCGAACGGGGAGCCGAUCCGUCGUUCAAAAAUCAGAAAGGAAAGGCACCGUGCGAUGUAGCAGCACCUGCAGUGUACAACUAUUUACUACAAGCGAGAGACAAUGCGGCCAACCGAAUCCAACAGCAGCUGAAAAAACCUUCGGAAGGAGCAAACACCAAGAAGAGUUCUAAUCAGGACAGCGAUGCUGAUGAUACUGCCAGCAGCAGUAAUUUAGGUGGGUCCACGGCACCUUCCACGGUGAACAAAGAUGAGGACGACAUCUAUGAAUUCAAAUCGACACCGAAAGAUUCCGGGUCCAGUUCCAGCGAUGAAAAGGAGAGCAACAGUGAUAAAAAUGAAAAAACAUCCACUGAGAAAAACAACACCGGAGGGGGUGACGGGGAAACGAGUCAGAACGUCGGUGCAUCUGGAUCAACAACGGGCUCAGGGACAGGUGGAACCACCAGUCAAUCGAAGCGACCAUUUUCGGAAGUAAGUGACCCACUGGAAGACAGUACCAGUGCAUCGAAUGAUGAAGAUAACAAAAGGAAGAAACGGAAAGAUUCGGAUACCACUAAUAAAGAAUCCACGAAAAGCAUCCCAGGUAGUAAUCGUGGUUCAACGCCCAGGCAGGAAAAGUCCGGUAAAUCCUCUGGGCCACCGUCGAAAAAUCUCAGCCUAACCGGGAAAAGUGCUCUGGAUCGUAAAAGUCCUUGUGCGAGUCCAAAACCGGCUACCGGCACCGGUACUCCCAGCUCGACAAACAAAGCUUCAAGUAGCAACAAUACGAAUGACAGCGAAGGCGAAACAGACGACGGGGGCACUAAAAAUACCGACACAAGUUUUCCUAGCGGAGGAGGACCGAAGGUACCUCCACUGAAGAUUGUCAUACCACAGCAAAACUCUAGCGGCGAUACCGAUGCUGGCGGUAGUUCCCGAAACGGCAAAAAUGCUUCGGCUAGAAAUCAUGCUGCACUGCCCUACGUGGUGGCGUCUUCGAACAGUAAUGAUUCCAGUGCGGACAAGGAAAGUACCUCGUCUCGGUCGGCAAGCCCAUCGGAUUCGAAAAGCUCGGACGAAAAGAACACAUCGAAAUCUAGCGAAGAUCGCGCUCAGGCUCGUGUCCUCCGAAGUCACCGUGGUGGAGGAGGAUCUUCCGAAGGAGGUGACCGAGGUCGUAGCAAGGACAAUCAGAGCGAUCGUUCGGUUGACCGGUCCAACAACUCGUCGCCUCAGAUGCAACAAAGCAGCGCUGCACCUUCUCCGGCAUCCAACAGUGGAGACGGGGGAGGGGGAAACAGUAGCACCGGUGGUGGCAGUUCCAGCAAAGAGGGUAACAACUGUAGUCCCGCUGCCGGAAACCCGAAAGACACCGAGCCGGAAAUCGGUGGGAGCGGCAGUAUCAAUCCCAAAAGUCCACCAGUUUCAUCCACAUCUUCUGUUACAUCGACUACUACAACGAGCAGUAGCACCAACAGUACUGGGACUAAUUCAAACCAAAACAAUCCACCGAGCAACACAAGUUCAAUAUCUACCCCUGAAACAGCGGUGCAUCCCCGCAAAAGAAAGAUUAAAACAAGUAAAGACACAUCGUCAGCGGCAGCUUCGAAUUCAUCUGCCCCAUCGACGUCUACCGGAUCGGCAUCGACGUCAAACGAAGAAAAGAAAGAAAUCAAAGACGAAACACCGGAUGUUCAUCCCCACGAUCAACCGAUCACCAAUUGCUAUCAGAUGUUUUUGAACAUUCGCAGACAGAUCGAAAGACGACAACGAUGCCUGUUUCCGGUUCAACCGAAACCACCACAGGGCUUCAAAGAUUAUCUGCUCAAUCGCUGUGCGUAUGCGUUGGCAGGAAAGUCUCCCUCCGAGCCGAACACUCAAACUCCGGCCAACUUACAACCACAGAUGAAAGACAUCUUUGCGAUCCAGGAAAAGGAACGUCACAAACUGAAAAUGCAACACAUCGUCGAAAAAGAGAAAUUAGUUCUAGCUGUCGAACAAGAAAUUCUAAGAGUUCAUGGACGAGCCGCACGUGCUCUUGCAAAUCAAUCUCUCCCGUUCUCCGUUUGUACAAUCUUGAAAGAUGAAGAAGUUUACAACAUCAUUACGCCGGAGCAGGAAGAAAAAGAUCGCAAUGCGCGAUCACGGUACAAUGGUAGGUUAUUUCUUAGUUGGCUACAGGAUGUCGACGACAAGUGGGAGAAAAUCAAGGAGGCAAUGCUUUUGCGACACCACAACGAAGCGGAAAGUUUGCACGCUGUCCAAAAGAUGGACUGGGAAUGGAAGAUGAAGGAAAACUUGCUGUGUGAGUUCAAGGCCAAGCCAGUUAUCGAUGAUAUUCAUGUACCGAUGGUAAACGUGAGCGACGACUUCGAUUUGCUGCCUGCCUAGGUUUUGUAGGGUAGUAGUUCAGAAGAGAUUAGAAGCGGUCGAUAAGUAAGAUAUGUAGAUGAUAUGAUUAUAUUCUUAGGAACAGUAGAGAAUACUGUGUAUUGUGUAAUACGGAUGAUAGAAGACGAAAUUAUAUUAAGUACUUUCAAUAA